AGUGGGGCUGUCGGGGUCUCUGAGGCUGGUACAGGGGCGGCGCAGGCGCAUUGAGGAGUUAGACAAGUUCCCCGUGGGCUACGAUCAUGGCAUCCUGGCUACCUGCUCUCCUCUCUCUCUGCUUCCUAUACUGCAGCCAUGGGGCUGCCGGGGGACUCCGGAGAGGCUCUGCCGACUCGUGUGGAACUAAGGGAAUGUCUCCGCUCAACAAGAACAGUGGUCUCCCAAAUAUCACCUUCCGAUACGAUAAUUGCACAUCUUCCUUUAAUUUUGUGGGAAAACAUCUGAUUGCUGACGUCCAGAACAUCUCGAUCAGUCAGUACGCAUGUAAUGACCAAGUGGCAGUGUCUGUUCUCUGGACUCCAAAUGCUAUAGGCAUCGAAUACCUGAAAGGAUUCCGCGUUGUGUUGGAAGAGCUGAAGUCAGAGGGGAGACUUUGUCAGCAGAUGGUGCUAAAGGACCCUAGACAGCUUAAUGGCACUUUUAAAAAAGUCGUAUUGGAAACCCAACCAUUUAUGAACCUGAAAUUUGAAACUGAUUACUUUGUUAAAAUUACUCCAUUUCCUUCUGUCAAAAAUGAAAGCAACUACCAUCCAUUUUUCUUCAGGACACGCACUUGUGAGACAUUGUUACAGCCGGACAGUUUAACCUGCAAACCAUAUUGGAGGCCAAAAAAUGUGACUGUGACUCAACAAGGCAUCAGCAUUCAAGUGUCCUUCGACCACGCUCCCUACUCCUUUGGUUUUCACAGCUAUCACGUGAAUUAUAAGCCUAAACACGACUCUUCCUUUAAACAAAAGAUCUGCAGACAGGUGCUAAAUACAGAUUAUUCAACCUGUCUGCUCCAAAAUGUAUCUCCUGGGGAUUACGUGAUUGAGCUUAUAGACGAUUCAAACACGACAAGGAAAUCCAUGCAGUACACAUUAAAACCAGUUCAUUCUCCUUGGGCCGGUCCGAUAAGGGCUAUUGCCAUCACCGUUCCGUUGGUCAUCAUAUCUGCCUUUGCCACACUGUUCACCGUAAUGUGCAGGAAAAAACAACAAGAAAAUAUCUACUCCCACCUCGAUGAAGAAAGCUCAGAAUCUUCAACAUACGCUGGAGCUCAUCAUGUUGAAAAACCAAGGCCGCGGCCAAGGGUCCUUAUUUGUUAUUCCAAUAAAGAUUGCCAAAAGCACAUAAACGUGAUUCAGUGCUUUGCCUACUUUCUGCAGGAUUUCUGUGGAUGUGAAGUUUCUUUAGACUUGUGGGAGAACCUGAAGAUUUGCAAAGAGGGACAGAAGGAGUGGCUAAAACAGAAGAUCAAGGAGGUUCAGUAUAUCCUGAUUGUCUGUUCCAAAGGGAUGAAAUAUUUUGUGGAAAAGAAGAAGAAAAAGCACAAGGGGGUGAGCUUCGAGGCUGGCACAGGGGAGCUCUUUGUAAGUGCCAUGUCCAUGAUCUCUGAGAAACUGACCAAAGCCCAGGACUGUUCAGAUGACCUUUCCAAAUUCAUCACUGUGUACUUUGAUUACUCCAAUGAAAAUGACAUCCUCUGCAUCCUUGAGCCUACAAAGAAAUAUAAACUAAUGGACCACCUUCCACAACUAUACUAUCACUUGUAUUCCAAGGAGUUGGCAAACCAUGAUCCGGAUCAGUACCCAACGAACAUCAGCAAAAGAAACUACUUCCGCAGCAAAUCUGGACGUGCUCUAUACGUUGCGAUCUGCAACAUGCACCAGUAUAUAGAUCAAGAACCCGACUGGUUUGAGAAACAAUACGUUCCUUCCCAUCCCCAGACUCUUCACCACCACGAACCAGUUAUGGAAAAAUUUGACUCUGGAUUGGUUCUUAAUGAUGUAACUGGGAAACCUGUAGCAGAAACCGAUAUUUCUGUGAAAGCAGACAUCGUGGUGCCUGGGAACAUUCAAGCUGCUCAGAAUAAGACUGUUGCUGAUGCAGAAGAUACCGAAAUUCAGGAUUCACUUGCUGGUAACUGCGUCUUUCACCCAGUAUUACACUCCGUCAAAGUCGUCAACCAGGCUGACAUGCCUAGGGAUUCUGGAAUUUAUGACUCUUCGGUUCCUUCCUCAGAACUGUCAUUACCUUUAAUGGAUGGACUAUCCACGGACCACGUAGAAACCUCUUCUAUUGCAGAAAGUGUUUCUUCGUCAUCAGGAUUAGGAGAAGAGGAGCCCUCUAUCCCUAAAUCAGUGGUGUAUGGAGUGUGUAAAGCAGAGCUUCACUGCCACAACCACCCCGAUGAGCUGCCAGCAAUCGCACCGUUGUAGCCUAGUCAUGUGGUUAACCUUUUAUCUGCCAGAAGGACCUGCCAAACCAGCCCUCCCCAUGGCAGUGAAUGUGUUAAUAUGCAUUGCCACUUUAAGAGACAGGUCCUGACCAUACUUGAAAAGAAGAAAAGAACAAGAAAACAAAAACCCUUGUUGAAAAGCUUGGGACCGUUUGAUAAACUAGCAAAAUCAGCUUCUGGACUUUUAGAUUGCCAAUCUUGUUACAACACAUUAUUCAUGAAAGAGAAUAGUUCCUAUCGUCUAGGACCCCCAUAAUAUGCACAUUCAUAACAAAACCGUUCUGCUAUGGAUGGUGCUCCUCCACAGUUUAGACUUGUUCAGCCAAUAUAUUCCCUGACAAAUCGCCUGACUGCCAUGGAAGGAUUCAAUUUUGAAAGUGAGGCCUUUGUUAGGCUUUGUCCCUAAAAUGGAUAGAUGCAGUGCACUUUGAAACAACGGGAGUAUUUCGACAGAAUCACCCGAGAUUCCGGAAGACUCAAACGCAUGUCCAUACCAUAUCAUUGUUCCAUUUUAGUCAAGUAUCUUCUAAUUCUGUACCACUGUGGCAAAUGUAGUCCCAGACAAGAAUGAUUGUGUUAUAUAAUACAAAGUACUAUAAUAAUGCAGCAGAACAAAACACAGAUUUAUUACAUCAUUUUAUUUUAUCUGGUGAAACUUUGCAUUCGUUAAUAGAGCAUUACAUGUUGUCUACUUGCCGUGUUAUCGUUUUUGAGAUAAUACGAACUUUACCUGUGUAGAGUUUCUGCACUAUUUUAUUGCUCAGUGUAGAUUUAUUCAUCAACAUUUGUAUUUCAAUCCCCUACGCUCUCGCCUCCCUCACUUGGUGUAUGUUACUUUCAUCUGUAAUGAGAUUGUCCUCCUCAUUUGCAUUUGCUCUCCCACGAGCUCUCCUACAAACUAUACCACUGGAGCUAUUUUUCACUCCUACAGUCAAAUUCUUACCAUCAAACUGUUUAACUGUUCCCUAAUAGCCAUUUGUCAUCCAGUACCAAUAUUUCCAACCCCCCCAACACAUGCUCUCGUUACCCCAAGCCACUUCCCUUUCGUAAUAUCGACACAUUCCAUUCCUUAUUUUAUCAGUGUCAUGUCACGUGUUCUUCUUAGCCACUGUAGAUUGCGCCCACCCAGUAUUAACAUCCUCUUCCUCUCACGCCACAUUAUCACCAUAACCUGAACUGCAUUAAAUUACCUCCAUCCCACAGUCACAUUAAAUGAAUUCUCACCUAUAACCACUACACAGAGCUAAAUCCUGUCACUUCUUAACCCCCAUUGGUACUAUUUCCCAAAAGACACAACUGUGCAUGUUCCAACAGCCGACACUGUAAUGAGUUUUGUGUGAGGCCUAUUGAGUGUCAGUACAAUAGUAAUAGCAU